AUGCAAGUGGAAGCGAUAUCCAAAUCAGGUGAUAAGAUUCUCUUAGAUACAUCACCAGAAACAGGUCUUGGCUUUGCCCCUGGUGAUAUUGUCCAUUUCAGUAAAAGUAUACGUAAUGGAAAGGUGGCACUUAUUCGCGGUAAGGCAGAUGGAUUACUGUGGUUCUCUGUUUUCCGUACAGUAGAGGAGGCAGCAGGUGUAGAGGCUCUACAAGCACCAGUGGAUACCGCCAGUUGUCGUGCAAAGGAAGAAUUUAUUCGACAGUUUGGUUGGGUUGUGGAUUCUGUGCGAAAUACAGCAGCCACUGCCAAGUGA